AUGUCCGUCAAGCUUUUCGUUGGAGGUUUAUCUUGGGGAACUGAUGACCGUUCUCUACGCAACAAGUUUGAAGAAUUCGGUCAAGUAGAAGAUGCUGUUGUAAUUCGUGAUCGUGACACUGGCGUCUGA